AUGGAGCCCCUGAGCGCAGAGAGUUGGACCAGACAAUCGAUUGGCUAUUACCUGACUGUGGGUAAAGUACAACUGCCAUCUAUGCACUGCGGAAGUGCAGUGAAAGUGUUAGAGAAAGCUGAACUGACACCACGAGAUGUGCUAACACAGCACAGGAUUGUUAACUCCUUUGAAUGUUUGAAGAGACAUCACGAAUGCUCUGUUGAGAUGAGGCCUCCGUUAUUUGAGCCGGUGUAUGUGGAUGCCAACAAUGCACAGGGCGACCCGGAAACAAUUGACGUGCUCGUGAACACAAGGUUAACGGCAAAAUGUGCCGCCAAACACAGGGAGUAA